UAUGUAGGUUGUUCUUUAGUUUAUGGUUAGAUAGAUUGGGUGUUAAGUGUUUGUUGAGUGUUGAUUUCAAGUACGGAGGCCGCGGAAUGCUGUUUAUUAGUAAUUUAUAAUUUGUGCAUACAACAAACAACUCAUCAACAAGAUGGCGCCGAUGCGCGGUGAACGUGGAGGCUCACCGGCCAGAGCGGCCCGCGCGUCACUACCGCUCCCGCGCCGGCUCAUCCGUCAGAUAGCGCGUCACGUGGCCUCAAGCGGCCGCUCUCUUCGACGCCUUGAGGUCUCCGGACGCGUCAUAGACAACUUCGACGACAUUGACGAUGGUUCCGACGAGUCUGAUAUGGACACCUCUCAGCCUGCCGUGGCAUGUGGUGGCAAUGCUGGUAACUUACCACCCGCCGAUCACGACGACGACCUGACGAGCUUAAGUUGGUUACAAGACAGAAAUUUACUUAGAGGUAUAAAUCUUACAAAGGGCGACAUGGAAGACACGAAAAUGAUUAGUAGUCAAGUGAUUGUAAAGACAGAAUCAAAGACGCCACCGCCGACAAAUCGUAUCCCUUCCCCUCCCCGUACCCCUUGCAAGGCGCCUCCCUCCCCCCCAGCUGUAAACACCCAUACGAAACCCCCCUAUUCUUUCUCCUGUCUCAUCUUCAUGGCUAUUGAAGCGGCGCCGGCACGUGCGCUCCCAGUAAAGGAGAUCUAUGCCUGGAUCAUCCGACACUUUCCAUACUUCAAACACGCACCACAGGGGUGGAAGAACAGCGUCCGGCAUAACUUGUCCCUAAACAAAUGCUUCCACAAGGUUGCAGCAGCUCCAGGUCUGGGUAAAGGUUCACUAUGGACAGUCGAUCCACAACACCGCUCGACAUUGUUGCAGGCAUUCGGGAGGCAACCAGUACCGCCUGCGGAAGCAGAGCCAGAAACGGAAAAGAACGCGCCCGAUCCUCAACUUUUCCCAUAUUUAGCUCGACGUUUAGCAGACACGCGCGCGCCCCCCGGCGCCGACGAGUACCUCGCCGCCGCCACCGUGCUGGCCAUGAAGUACGGACCCGCUGUGCUCGAUCAGCUGCCGCCCGAGGCGCACCUGGUGAUCUCGCGGUGCGCGCGCGACGAGCACUCGUACAGCGGCGGCGAGGAGCGGCGCACGGCCGAGGCGCUGCUCAACCUGGCCGGCGUGUCCGCGCACGCGCCCAGCUAGCGCGCCCGCUAAGCAAGGAUGAUGGGUGAUAUCUCAAGUUAUAUCCAGUAGUCAUCGGAUGCGCGAUUGUGGGGACGGUAACAUCAAAUGUAAGUCUUCCUAAGGAAAGCUAUGCUUCUUAAUCUAAAAACUUUAAUCUGCCUACAAAAUUUUUAUUUUGCUAUGCCGUAUCGUUUUUGUACUAUAUACAUAGAAACUUUGUUUAUUUAAUUUUAAACACUUUACUUUUAUCCAACUACCCUCGAAAAACAAUACUUUUCUAUAUGUAUGUCAUUAUCAUUAUAAAGACCUUUUAAAUAAAGUUCUGUGGUAGCA